GGCCCUGAAAAGCUCCCACUAGCCAAGGCUAAAUCGGUCAUUACACCAACCGGCACUUGAACUGGACCACGAGGCCGGUCGCGGUCCCGGCGGCUGCACAACCACCAAUCACGGUGUCGAUGAAUGCACGAGUUCGCGGAGAGGGCAGUUCUGUAAUUUCCUCGAUCGUCUCCGGCACUUCGCUUCUUUCCCCCAUUUUUUUGAACUCAACUGGCUUGUUGAGUACUGUUGAAGCAUUUCCAUUGUUCCGUGAGUUGAGGAAGUGAUGGCUUCCAGCGGCGGUUUUCGGAAUGGGAAUCAGAAGGCGACGAAUCUGAGGAAUUCGUCUACGUUUAAAUCUAAGCUUCCCCCGUCGACGUCUAAUGUCCGCCGCAGCAGCAGCAUCGCCGCCGCACUCGGAAGCGGCGACACCGUUUCUGGAAGAGUUCGAGUUUCCAUACGAUUGCGACCAAGGAAUGCCGAGGAAUCGGCAGCAGAUGCAGAUUUUGCUGAUUGUGUAGAACUACAACCUGAGCUUAAAAGGUUGAAAUUAAGAAAAAACAACUGGGAUACAGAUACAUAUGAGUUUGAUGAGGUCUUCACCGAAUUUGCAUCACAAAAACGUGUGUACGAGGUCGUUGCAAAACCUGUUGUCGAGAGCGUCUUAGAAGGCUACAAUGGGACUGUUAUGGCUUAUGGUCAGACGGGUACCGGGAAAACCUAUACUCUUGGACAGUUGGGAGAUGAGGAUCACUCUACUCGUGGUAUUAUGGUUCGUUCAAUGGAAGACAUACUUGAAAAUAUAAGUCCAGAUACUGACUCAGUGUCUGUCUCGUACUUGCAGCUUUACAUGGAAACAAUUCAGGACCUCCUUAACCCAGCAAAUGACAACAUUUCUAUAGUUGAAGACCAAAAAACUGGUGAUGUUUCCCUGCCAGGGGCAACAGUUAUUGACGUCCGGGGCAAGGAAAGUUUUAUGGAGCUGCUGCAGUUGGGGGAAGCUCAUAGAUAUGCUGCCAACACAAAGCUUAACACCGAAUCUUCUCGUAGUCAUGCUAUUCUCAUGGUGAACAUUAAGAGGUCUGUUUCUGCAAGGGAAGCUGAUGUAUCUGCUGAAUAUGAUGAUUCUUCCCACUUGGCUACUAAUUUUAAACCACAUAUGCUUAGAAAAGGAAAACUCCUCCUCGUGGAUCUUGCCGGUUCUGAACGCGUUCUGAAAUCUGGAAGUGAAGGGCAUACAUUAGAAGAAGCCAAGUCUAUCAACCUUUCACUAAGUGCAUUGGGGAAGUGUAUAAAUGCUUUGGCAGAAAAUAGUGCUCAUGUACCAGUUCGGGAUUCAAAAUUAACACGGUUACUUAAAGAUUCAUUUGGAGGCACGUCAAGAACCUCAUUAGUUGUGACCAUUGGGCCAUCGCCACGGCAUCGAGCAGAGACAGCAAGUACCAUUUUGUUUGGACAAAGGGCUAUGAAGGUGGAGAACAUGUUGAAAAUUAAGGAAGAAUUUGAUUACAGAAGUUUGUGCAAAAGACUUGAGGUACAAGUUGACAAACUUAUUGCUGAAAAUGAAAGACAGCAAAAUGCUUUUGAGGAUGAGGUCAAGAGAAUAAAAUUAGAAGCGCAAAAGCACAUCUCUAAGGCCGAGCAGAACUAUGCAGAUGAAUUGAAGGUGGAGAAAAUUAGGUGCCAGAUGGAAUAUAUGGAUUCAAUUAAGAAACUGGAAGAAAAGAUGCUUAAUCAACAGAGACAUCCAACGAAUGGUGUCACUGGCAUUGGAGAGAGUCACAGUGGAUUUGCUAGUGAGGAGGUGUCUGAGUUGAAGAAGUUGCUGCAGAAUGAAAUUCAAAUAAGAAAGGCAGCUGAAGAGGAAAUCAGUAACCUAAAAAAUCGAAUCAUAAAGUUUACAAAGAAAGAAUUACCAGAUGGAAAUACUGAUACUCUGUACCUUCAAAAGCUAUUGGAAGAAGAGGCUGGUGAAAAGAAGAAAUUGGAAGAGGAAGUGACCAUCUUAAGAAGUCAAUUGUCUCAAUUGAAUUUGGAAGCUAGUCAGACUAGAAGCUAUGAUGAUAGAGGAAGAAAUGGAAAUUUACUUCCUGGCCUGGAAUCUCUUUCUUCACUUAGACAUCUGCAGCCCAAAAAUGGCAAUAAUGGGGAGAGAGUGGCAAUAACCAAUCUUCACGAACAAGUUGGCCUAAAUAAGAUAAUGUCAUUGCUCGACUCUGAAGAUGCUAGUGUGCAAAUUCAUGCAGUGAAAGUGGUUGCCAACCUAGCAGCAGAAGAAGCGAAUCAGGAGAAAAUAGUUGAAGCUGGUGGUCUUACUUCACUACUGAUGCUUCUUCGAAAAUCCGAGGAUGAAACUAUACGUAGAAUAGCUGCUGGUGCAAUUGCAAAUCUUGCAAUGAAUGAAGCGAACCAGGAGCUUAUUAUGGUUCAUAGUGGGAUUAGUCUUUUGUCAAUGACAGCAGCUGAAGCUGAGGAUCCUCAGACUCUACGCAUGGUUGCUGGAGCAAUUGCAAAUCUCUGUGGAAAUGAUAAACUGCAGAUGAGGCUAUGGUCCGAAGGUGGUAUAAGGGCUUUGUUAGGAAUGGUGAGGUGCAGACAUCCUGAUGUUCUUUCCCAAGUUGCGCGUGGGGUUGCCAAUUUCGCCAAGUGUGAGUCCCGAGCUUCUUCCCAAGGCAUAAAACUUGGACGGUCCCUUCUGAUAGAAGACGGGGCCCUACCAUGGAUUGUACAGAACGUGAAUAACGAAGCCUCACUCAUUAGACGGCAUGUUGAGCUCGCACUCUGCCACCUCGCACAACACGAAGUAAAUGCAAAAGACAUGAUCAGUGGGGGAGCCCUGUGGGAGCUAUAUCGCAUCUCGCGUGACUGCACACGCGAGGACAUAAAGGCACUCGCGCGCCAAACAUUGGCUUCAAGCCCAACUUUUCUGUCUGAAAUGCGGCGCUUGCAUAUAGAUGUGUAGACAAACAACCGCACGCGACACCUUUUCUUCUUCUCAAAGUACCCAAAGUCAGAAGGUAUCCUCAUCAUCAUCAUCAUCGUCGUCGUCAUCAUCCAUCAAUUUCUGUUUGCCAAAUUUGACUAACCGGUAGGUAUUAGAAAGCGGGUGUCUGUGACACAGAUCAAGAUCCUAUUUGUUCAUAUCGAUUAGUAUUUAUUUCUUGUUGGUUGAAGUUGAAACUACUUUUGAUGACAUCUUGAAUAUGUAUUCUUGCUGUGUAUGUUAUGAUCCAAUGAAUAUAUGUAAUGAUAUAAAUCUUCAACAUUUGUCUCCAACUCGUUUCCAGUUGUAUUCUUUUCAACUUUAUGUUUCAGUUAUUCAGAUUCCAGUAACUAAUAGAUUGCUAACACUAAU